AUGAGCUCUCACGUCGUAGUCAUAGACUCGACUGCUCGAAGAGCUACUAUCAAAACCUCCCCUGGCAAAUAUCUAACUGAUGUUUUACAAGAAGCCUGUACUAAGCUGGGUGCGGAACCUAGCCAAUGUGGCCUGAAACACAACAGUAAACAGUUGGACCUCUCACUUGCCUUCCGUCUCACGGGACUCACCUCCGGCGCUAAACUCGAGCUCGUACAGCUUUCUCGAUCGCCCUCCGUCGUCACGGUCGCUAUACAACUACCCGAAUCAGAAGCACGCGGACUUCCCAGCGGUCGUCUUUUGGAUAGAUUUCCCAGCUCUACAACGUUAUGGCAUAUCUUACGGAAGUUCGAGGCAGGUGUUGCAGGAGGAGGGUCGACACGGAAUCUUACAGCACGUGGUGUCCCCUCAACAGAUAAUGGCGGUACGGGCGCAGGAAGGUUGUUCUACGAGAUUCCCGUGUUGCAGACCAUGGGACGAGAAAUGUCGACAUUUGCAGAUCUUCAGAAGUCACUGGCACAGCUUGGUUUCAAUAGUGGGAAUGUUUUGUUGAGACUGAGUUUCCGGCGCACAGAGGAGCCUCUGGAGGUAGCUAUGGUCAAGAUCCAAGAUUACUUCAAAGUGGUUGAAGACGACAUGGCAGCGACGACAACGGCAGCGACGACAACGGCAGCGACACAAGAGCAACCCGUGCCGGAUCGGGCAACACGCGAUGAGCAGCCAACAGACAUCGAACCGAGUGGUGAACCUCCUCAACCUUCUCCCGCCGUCCCCGAACAGCCCUCUCACGUCGCUCCACCACCCGCCGCUACUUCUACCCAGCCAACCCCAAAUCCAACGGCGGCCUCUCGUCCCAUAACAGUUUUCUCUCCUCCCACCAGCAGCACACCCCAGUCUGCUCAAUUAGCCUACAAUGACAAUGACUAUGUUCCAUCAGUUGAGCACGCACAAGCUCACCAGCGCCGUCUAAACGAGACCUCUCGACCACAGCGUUUGCCAACAGAUGCAGAAAUCGCCGCAAAGGAAUCAGCAGAGGCAGAAAGGUUGGCAUCUGUGAAGGAAGUCGACGUUAAAGUCCGGCUUCCCGACCAGAGCCAGGUAAUGUCCAAGUUUGGUCAAUCGGAUACGGGCAAGUCUCUUUACGAUUUUGUGAGAAGCUGUUUGGCAGAGCCAUUUGUGCGGGAGAAAUUCCUUCUCGCAGUCUUUCCCGCUGCUGGAGGUCUAGGUCCCGGUGCAGGAAAGAAGCUUCAGAAUGUGGUCCCUGACUCGGAGCGUUCUUUGUUAAUCAAAAACCUGAACAUGGUCGGACGGGUGCUUGUUAGCUUCUCUUGGGACCCGACUGUCUCUUCGGCUGUGCGGGGGAGUAGAACCAGUCUCUUGAAGUCGGAGCUCCAAUCUCAGGCACAGCAACUCAGAGUCGAACAACCAGCCGCUGUGCCAGAUGAGCCCGCUGGUAGUUCGAGAGUGGGAGCCACAGAGCAGCGUCAAGGUGAGAAACCUGCGCGGAAACCAGGAACUCUGCCCAAGUGGCUCAAGUUACCUGGGAAGAAAUGA